UUUAAAUCAACAAAUAUGGCAUUAGAGAAUUUGGACGAUGAUGCAGUUGUCAUUUCUGGAAUGUCCGGAAGAUUUCCUAAGAGCGGUAAUAUUAAUGAUUUGAUGGUAAAUCUUAUGAAGGGAAUAGAUUGCGUUUCUGCAGAUCAUACAAGAUGGUCCAUAGAAAAUAUUAAAAUUCCGUCACGUAUUGGGACGAUGAAGGAGAUAACGAAAUUAGACAAUGUUUUUUUCGGCAUCAAUGCGAAACUUGUUAAUUAUAUGGACCCAACAGUCAGAUUGACAACGGAAGUUACAUUCGAGGCGGUCAUUGAUGCCGGAAUAAAUCCUAUAGAACUACGAAAUACAAAAACUGCUGUUUUUGGAGCACUGACCUUAAAUGAAUCAGAUAAAGCUCUUUUCUAUGAAAAAUUGGAGCAAAGUGGAUUAAAUCUAUUAGGAUGUUGCCGUGCUAUGAUAUCUAAUCGAAUGUCGUUCUGUUUGGGACUGGUUGGUCCAAGCUGUACUAUGGACACAGCUUGCACAUCAAGUGCAUUGGCUAUUACUAAAGCGUAUGAGGCUAUAAAGAGUGGAAUUUGCGAUGAGGCAAUCGUUGAUAGUGGAGUUGUAAUCUUGCAUCCACAAACAUCUUAUCACAUGUAUGAAUUAGGUCUGUUGUCACCCGAUGGCGUGAAUAGAUCUUUCGACGCUAAAGCUUCUGGAUUCACGCGAAGCGAAUCGAUAGGUGUUUUAUUCCUUCAGAAAGCCAAAAAUGCAAAGCGGAUUUACGCCGAGGUUGUCAAUUCAACAAUAAUGUUCGGCAAAGCAAAUAUAAGAAACAGUUGUUUUUUUGCCUCGGCCGAAUUCCAAGCGCAAAUGAUGAAGCAGACAUUGAAACAAUGUGAUUUAAAGCCUAGCGAUAUAACUUACAUCGAGGCCGAUGGUACGGCAAUCAAGGAGGUAGAUCGCGAGGAAUUAAAAGCGAUAGAUCUUGUUUAUGCUCAAGAUCGAAGUCCCUCUAAUCCUCUCCUAAUUGGUUCAAUCAAAUCAAACAUUGGUCAUGCACUAUGUAAUAAUGCGAUAAAUUCAAUCAUCAAGGUAAUCAUUGCUAUGGAGACAGGAGUUAUACCUCCGAAUCUUCAUUACGAUGAACCUCCAGAGGAUGCCAAAUGUCUUCGUGAUGGACGCGUAAAAGUUGUUACAAAACCAACACCUUGGAAAGACGAUUAUGCUGCCGUGAACACUUGCUCUUUCGCGGGUACUUUCUCUCAUAUUAUCUUAAAACGUUAUUCGAAGGAAAAAAAGAAGAGAGAACUUUCAUCAAAUGCAAUGCCACGACUUUACGUAGUUUCUGCUCGAACCGAGGAAAUGAUCUCUACGAUCUUUAAUACUCUACAAGAAAACAAAGCGGACAGUGAUUUAGCUCAAUUAAUUUACGAUAUUACUAUAAAUCCAUUCCCAUAUUCUCUGUAUGCUGGCUAUAUUAUAAUUCCCGAAGUUGAAGCUGGAGAUACGGUAUCAUCGAUCGAUUUAAUACCAGAUAAUUUGAUUGCACAUUCUCAACAAAUCUGGUUUAUUUUUUCGGGAAUGGGUUCGCAAUGGACUGGAAUGGGUGAAUCUCUGAUGAAGAUACCAAUCUUUGCAGAAGCAAUAAGAAAAUGCGAUGCAGUUUUAAAACCUAGAGGAUAUGAUAUCGUGCAGAUUUUAUGUGACAAAGACCCAACAAUAUACGAUAAUAUUAUAAAUUCUUUUCUGGGAAUAGCGGCUGUGCAAAUAGGACUAGUAGAUAUUUUAAAUGCAGUCGGCAUAAAACCACAUUAUAUGAUCGGUCAUUCUGUGGGUGAACUGGGUUGUGCUUACGCAGAUGGUUGUUUUACUGCUGAGGAAAUGAUUUUAAGUGCUCUAUCUCGAGGUCUGGCGUCGAUAGAAAGCAAUUUAAUACAUGGAACUAUGGCUGCAGUUGGUCUUGGCUAUGAACAGAUACGACAUCUUUGUCCUGAAGACAUCGAUGUUGCAUGUCACAAUAGUUUUGAUAGUUCUACCAUAAGUGGACCUACCGAAUCUAUUAAAGUUUUUGUUAAAGAAUUACAGGAAAAAGGAAUAUUCGCUAAAAUCGUGCCAACUAGUAAUAUCGCUUAUCAUAGCCGUUACAUUGCACCGGCUGGUCAAAAAUUGUUGAAAUACUUGCAAAAAGUUAUUUCUCAUCCGAAAGCUCGCAGUAAACGCUGGAUAUGUACGUCUAUUCCGAAAAAUGAAUGGCAUUUAGUGAAAGCGCGUCUAUCGUCGGCGGAAUAUCAUACCAAUAAUCUUCUUUCUCCAGUUUUAUUCGAAGAGAUAUUGACAUUCAUACCAAAAAAUGCAAUAACCAUUGAAAUUGCACCCCACGGACUUCUCCAGGCUAUUCUAAAAAAAUCAAUGCAUAGCGAUUGCAUUAAUUUAGCAUUAACAAGGCGUGAUAAUAAAGACAAUACGACUUUACUUUUAUCCACUCUAGGAAAGCUUCAUAAUCUUGGAUGUCCCAUUAAACCAGGAAACCUUUAUCCCCGAGUUCCAUAUCCUGUUUCUAAGGGUACCCCAUCGAUUUCAUCUCUCGUACGAUGGGAACAUAGUCUCAAUUGGUAUGUGAACUUCUUCAAGAGGCAGGUAGAACAGAUUAAAGCAGAACGUUCGUUUAUGUUAGACUUGAAAUCAGAUAAAUACAAAUUUUUACAAGAUUUUAAAAUUGGAAAUAUUGUUAUAAUACCAUUGACUUUCUGCUUGAAGCUUGUCUUAGAUAUUUAUUCAGAUAUAAUAGGAGACAAGGAUAUCAAAUCUUUUACAUUCGAGAAUAUUUACAUUUACGAUGUAUUAUUAAGAGUACCUAGUGAUGAUGAUUUGACGUUACUCAUUAUGGUGUUCCAAGGUUCGGGAAAUUUCGAAAUAAAAACCAAAGAUGAAAGUAUGAUAGCGUCUGGGACUAUACGAUCAACACAAUUAACAGAUAUAAAAAUUCCUGAUCUUAGUUCAUCAAAAGAAAAAUGUGAAAUUAUAACGAAAGAAGAUUUUUACGCUGAUCUACUUAUACGUGGUUACGAGUAUGGAGAAUAUUAUAAUCUUAUUGACGGACUAUCAUUAUCAUGUUCCAAUGGUACACUUACAUAUAAAAAUGAUUGGGCGUUGUUAUUAGAAGGAUUAUUUCAAGUACAUAUUUUCAGUAAAAAUAGUAGAAAGAUUUUAAUGCCAAGUAUGAUACAAAAGAUCGUCAUCGAUAUGAGACAAUUUACAGAAGAAAUAAAAAAAAUGAACACCUUAUCAAUGAAAUUCGACAAACGGAUCAAUGUAAUAACUUGCCCGGGAAUUCUUAUGAGUGGUGUUAAAUUUGAGGAGGUAACACCAACAGAUGCAAGUUUGCAAAUAUUGACGAACGAAAUACGAUUUAUUCCUAAUUUAGACGAAACGGAAAUUAAUAUAAUUGACGUUUGCCACGUAGUAUUAGGAAUACUUUCGGAAAAUAUUUCUGAAAAUACUACGGGUACGAUAAUGGUAAUUCAAGAAUCAAAAGACGAACAAGAUAAUAUUUUAGAAUGUAUCGAAAACAUUUUGAAGGAGACGAAUAAUAGCUUCGAAAUACAAUACGUUGCUAAAAAGAAUAUUAAACAAAUGUCUAAUGAAACAUUUAAUUUAAUGAUUAUCGACUAUGCACAUUUUAACGAUUUAAGAAAUACUAUUAAUAUCGGUACAGAAUCAUUUUUAUUGACUAUCAUAAAGACGGAAGAUCAAGAUAAAAUGAUUGCCACAUUCACAAGUAUAGGAUUAAAUCUCGUUCUAAAGAAAAAAAUAGCCCUAGAUCGUACGGUUUUGCUUCUACGAAAAGUUGAGAAUGCAAAGAAACCAAUUGUCAUUAAAAAUCAAGACAAUUGUAUUGAUCAUCUGAAAAAGAGUUUAAGAGAUUCGAAAUAUGACAGAGUUAUCUUUUUGGUGAAUACUAUUACAGAAAACAAUAUCUUUGAAACACUUCGAAUUCUGAAACAAGAGCCAGGAUACAAGAAACUUCAAGUUCUCGACCUACAAAAUUCAAAUGCACCGAAAUUUUCGCUUAAAGAUAUAUUUUAUCAAAAUCAAAUAAAAUUAAAUCUUUAUCAGAACGUAUUGUCGUCCGAUAAUGUAUGGGGUACGUACAGAUGGAUGCCAUUGUCUGAGAGAUCUACUUCCUUGCCGCGUUGGCGAGCUAAUAUUGAAAAAUCAGGUUCAUUAACCUUGAUGGAAGAAUUAUCAUUGAAGGAGAAGGAUAAAAGUAUUGUAAAAGUAGAGUGCGCUGCAUUCGAUUUAAAUAUUUACGAGUACUGGUUGGACAAUGAAGUCAAUUUAGAUUCUCAAAUAUGUAUCACAGAAUAUUCAGGAACAGAUGAAAAAGGUCAUAGAGUAAUGGGACUUCUUCAGAAUUUAACAAUAAGUAAUGAGAUUUGUCCCGAUCCAGAUUUUACUUGGACGAUACCAGACUCUUUAAGCUUCGAAGAUGCUGCAACAAUGCCUCAAGCUUAUUUGGCAGCUUUUUCCAUUUUACAUAAGAACUCGUAUUACUUUACCAAAAUAAAAACUAUUUUGAUACAUAUCGGUGCUAGCGAACUAGGACAAGCUCUUAUUAAUCUAUCUUUAUGGUAUAAUUUUGAUGUCUAUACAACUUAUGAAACUGAAACCGAAAAACGAGUAAUCCAAUCGAUUCAACCACGUUUACCGGAUUCACAUAUUAUGUAUAUUAAAGACUAUAAAGCUCACGUUUACGAUAUUAUGAAGGGCAAACGCAUGGACUUCAUUGUUGCAAGAUAUUCGAUCUUAGACGAACUCGAAUCUUCUAUAGAUAUUCUCGAAACUCAUAAAAAUUUAAUAUUGGUCUUUGAUUCUAAAACAAUUGAUUACAGAUAUAAUCAAUUAGAGAGAUGUUUUGGUAUGUCUACUUUUUUAGAAGGCAUUAAUAUCUAUAGCCAUUGUUUACAAGAUUUAAUGUAUUUAACAACGGAAAUGAAGAGAAAAUUAAAGGACUUGAUGAGAACAGCUCUACAAGCUGGUACCUUAAAACCUCUUAUUUCUCGAAAAGUUUAUCUUCCGAAGAAAACUCAGGAAAGAAGAAUUGAAGUUUGUGAACGUUAUGGAAAGGUACUCGUCAAUUUGCAAGAACUAGAGAAGUGUUCUUAUUUCGUUCCUCGUCUAUCUUUCCGUAACGACAAAUGUUACUUCAUUGUUGGCGAUUUCAAUAUUUUUGGUAUAGCAGUGAUCGAAUGGAUGAUCGAGCAAGGAGUUAGGAAAUUAUUAAUAGCUUCUAAUAAGUCUAUCAAAGAUCGUAAGGACCGUGUGCUUAAAUGGUGUGAAAAUGGAGCAACGGUGAUCAUUCGCGAAAAAGUUGACAUGAGCAAAGCGACAAACGUUGAUAACUUGCUAAAAGAAGUGGCUUCUCUUGGUCAACUCGAAGCUAUUUUCGAUCUACAAAGAACAUCGAUGGAUUCGUCAGCGUCUCUUCCUGAAUGUUCCAAAAUCACUAAAAUACUCGACGAAGAAAGCAGAAAACUCUGUCCUUCUAAUGUAAAAUUCUUCGUUUUCUCAUCACCCAAUUCGAACGAUGAUUCUUCAAGAGAUCCUAUUGUGGAGAAAAUAUGUAAACAAAGAAUGAAAUCUGGGCUCCAUGGAUUGUUUAUCUUAUUAAUUUAUUCCAUUGAAAAUAAACAUUCGACGUCUCAAUUUAUGAAUACAUUUUACACAAAUAUCUCGCUGUUUCUACAACGACUGAGUACUUUUCUGAACGCAAAUGCUUCUCUAAUUGCUCUGCGUUUUAUUAAAACUAAACAAUCCAUUAAUGAUAAUGAGAUGAAUAUAAUUUCCGUUGAAGCUGAAAAGAAGGAAUUUAUCGAAAUGGACCAACAGGAGGAAGAAGUAGAUCGAAAAAUGUUCGAAAAAUAUUUAUAUAGACGAAAUUAUGUGACUCUUUAAAAUUUUCUAUUAAUC